UUGCCAAAAGCCGAAAUCACCAAAUUACAUCACAUGGAACAUGGAGCAUGCAAGCAUCCAAGUGGGCGUGUGACCAAAGUGUAUUUUGUAUUUUACAAACAACAACAAUAAAAACAACGACCGUGACAAUCAUAACUCCUAACCCCUAGUAACCUAUUAUAUAUAGGCAGGCCUGAUCGCAACACGACAGACCUGAUGGCCAAGUGUUGGCGACCUUUUUUAUUUAUAUAAUUGAAUCAUCGAUACGAGUAAUCAGUGUGAUUCAUAAGGCCGUAAAUGUAAAUAAACUCCUGUUGCUUAAUUCAGUGUAAAUAGAAAAUAUUCAUCGGCUAUUUUAGAGCAUUGAGGCAAAUCGUUUAUUUAUAACACAAACAAGACCACAUCUGUCUAAGAUAGCAAUAGAUAUGGUUGAAAAUGACAUUUUAAUACAAUAAAUAAUAAAAACAAUGGAGGAAAUUUUAUUCCGGCUUGGCAGCCAGAUAGAAGCUCUUCAGAUCGAGAGCUCCGCAGCUGCACAACAAGCCUAUCACUGGAUAAUGACCUGGCUGUCCCAAGGUCAACAAUACCUUCAGAAUUUUUUCACUGAUGAGUAUGCCCAACAGAUUAAAAAUUUAGGAUCGUUGAUAAUCCAUUUAUUAAACAGAGCAUUGGAACAAAUACAGUAUCAGAUCCAUUGUGCACAAAUAAACUCUAGGGAUUUAUAUCAUCACAUUGCAAGUCUUUACUCAAAUGAUGUUUCUAGGAGAGACAUUGCAUUCUGCGCAUUGGGUAUAACAAUAGGUAGUGUUGUAGGGUAUAAUAUUGGGCUCAAUUGGCGGCAAAUGGCGAAGCGUAUACAAUAUAUGAGAGCAGUUAUUUGUCAUCAUUACAUAGGAAUUGAGGGAGUUUCAAUAAUUGACGAUGCUGAAGUUCCAACAAUAGAAAAAUCCAACGAGAUUUUAAUUCAAGUGAAAGCAGCAUCAGUGAACCCCGUAGAUGUGAAAAUAUGCUCUGGCUACUCCAAAUCCUAUCGAAGGAUUUUUAAUACUGGGAAAGACCUCCCCAUUGUUCUGGGUCGCGAUUGUUCUGGUGUUGUAAUUGAUAUUGGCCAGAAUGUUGUAAGUUUUGAUGCUGGUGAUGAGGUAUUUUUAGCCACUCCAUCAUGGAGAUCUGGCACCAUGGCUGAAUAUCUCGUUGUAGCUGAGAAUCAAGUGGCGAAAAGACCUAAACGAAUAACAUUUGAAGCAUCCGCUAGUUUGCCUUACGCUGGAUGUAUCGCUUGGGACACUCUAGUUAAUAAAUCAGGAGUUGAAGAAGGAAAUGCCAAAGGCAAAAGAUUUUUAAUUUUUGGUGGCUCUACACCGGUCGGAUGUAUUUUAAUUCAGCUAAUUAAGCUGUGGGGUGGCCAUGUAUCUGCUAUAUGCAGGAUGAAUGCCGCAAAAGUCAUAAGGGCUCUUGGAGCUGACGAUAUUAUUCCACUGGACCAGUCUGAUAUUGAAAAGGAACUUGAGCUUCAUGAUAGAUAUCAUGCAAUUUUCUAUACAUAUGAACAGUCAAUUGAUAUUCGUAUUUUGAAGAAACGAUUACUGCCAUACGGUUCAUUUGUAUCCACCUUACCAGCGUCACUCACUUCAGAUUCACUUGGUCUUGUCUUUGGGAUUCUUUUUGCUGCACAAGUCCGAGUAAAACUUUUGCUCCAAUAUAUUUUUGGAAUUGAUACUUAUCAUUACAAUGACGGGGUGAAAAUCAAAUCAUCAACACUGGAAAUAAUUCGUGAACUAGUUGAUGCUGAUCAACUCCAGAGUGUUGUUGGUGCUGCGUUCCGUCCAAAUCAUGCUGAACAAGCUUUGCAACAUGUUUUAGGAGCAGAUGCAAUUGGUAGCACUAUUAUUAAGUUCCAAUGACACUUGAUACAGUUUGAAAGAAAUAUGAUAAAAGAGUUAUGCAACAAAAGUAUAUUCAACUUACGAGUCAAUGCAUACUUGCCAAAUUCAACUGUCUUUAAAUAAUUAUAAUUAUGAAAUAUAAUUGUUAAAAGAUGCUGAUGAAAGUGAAGAUUUACCAGAAUUUAAACUGAUUAUUUUGUCAUUUUCUUCUCGAAAGAUGAUUUUAAAUUAGUCAUUUGAAUUUGUAUAGGGAGGGAAGAAAUAGUACUUGGUCCUAAUUUAAGACAAUUUUGUGGAUAAUGCCCACAGAAACGUGAUAUUCAAUACUGUGGCGCUAAUAUUAGUUUUUUAAUUGUGAAAUCAUUAUUGUGGAUAAAGCACUGUUUAUAAAUUGUAAAAAUUGUAAAAAUUGUAGAAAUAAAGUGAGUAAAAUGGAAAA